AACACCGCCCGCCUCUCACUGGCACCCCCAAACGCAGGCUGUGAUUGGGCAGUGCAAAUGUCUCAACUCCCCUCGUCCACCGAGCACCGGUUGAGCACAUUCUGUCACUUGCGCUAGCGUUAAAUGGAGGAACGUCCCUGCGACGGGGCAAUCGGAGUAUAUAUCAGUCAUGGAGCAGAGAACGACACUGAUCGAUCGAACAUAUCGGUAAACAAUGAUCAGAACCACAGUCAGUUCCAGAACGAGAAAACGCAGACGAAGAAAACAGAAAAUGGCAAAAUAAAUGGAACUCUGAAGGAGGGAGAGGUGACUCCCAUUUCCUUUAACCCUGACAGCUCCCUGCACCCUGCGAACGGUAAUGGCGACAGACUCCUGCUAGACAUCAACUUGAAACAGAAGCCCACUCGACGGGCCUUCACCACUGACUCUACUGGGGACAUAAAAAGUAGAAACACUAGCAGAAACAGAAUGGACUUCAAAAAUUACAAGUCCUCUGAGUUGAACACACUUGAGGGCAAAAAAGAGGCUUUGGCUUCUCUGAACGGUGUGGUGUCGCUCAACUCUGUAUCACUUACCAACGGUUACCCUUGCAAACCCGGGGCUGACAAUGACGGCAGUGGCUCCGAGAGUGGAUACACUACUCCCAAGAAGCGCCGGGCCCAGAGGAAUGGCAAAUCCGUGGACAAUGUGACUGCUCCUGCCCAGGGAAAAGCCAUGCAACAGGGCAGCAAACAAGACCACGUAGAUGUGGCACCGGAGUCUGCCUCUGGCUCUCAGGUGGAGAGUGGCAGAGUCGGUUCAAAAGCCGUACCGCACCCGAAAGCCAAGGAUCCACCUGCCUCCUCCGCCACCCCACCUCCUCCGGUGGCUGCCGCUGAACUUCAGCGCAAGAACUUGGACAGCAAAGCAGCUGGAAAGCGGUUUGAGGAUCGCUCCAGCAAGGUUAAGGUGACUACCUCCACCAAAGAGGACUCAUGGACCUUGUUCAAGCCUCCGCCUGUCUUUCCUGUGGACAAUAGUAGCGCUAAGAUAGUGCCUAAGAUCAGUUAUGCAAGCAAAGUGAAGGAGAACCUCAAUAAGACUGCCCAAGCUGGCGGGGAGGCUCUUACUCCUGCUCCCCAGGUGCCUGGGAGACCACCACAGGUCCCUAUGUCUGCGGUGAAAACCAUCACCUCUGCUAGCUUUACCAACGGUCCUCUGCCGGGGGAAGGGAAUGGCUGUCCCCUGCCUGGCCCCCAUUUCAGCUCUGGUCCUCUGCUAGCGACCCCAGCUGUUGCCGCUGAGAAUGUAGCAUCUCCCCCUGGUAGCGGCACUACGGUCAUCGGAAGUUCCAUCGCCUCUGUGGCUGAGCCCAGGAAGCCCAGCCUGUUUGUUUACCCCGUCACCCCCUCCAAUAUGCAACUCUCACUCCCUAGUGGCCGCCAAGCUGAUCCCCCUGCUGCUGUGACAAAUCAGAAGUCUCUGGGGGACAUUUUUCAGAAUCAGUGGGGCUUGUCCUUUAUCAACGAGCCUAGCGCUGGACCAGAGGGCGUGGCGUGCUGCUCGAACGGAAAGGACGUGCCAGUAGAGGUGAGCUUUCAGGGAGGCUGUCCUGCUACAGUGGCCACUCAGACCACCAGUACCUCUCAGAGACCGGAUCAACCACCCUUCCCCAAGGCUCACGAGCCAGAUAAACGGACUAACGCUCAAAAUCUUAGUCGAGGUGUGAGCGGCGGAUCUACGGCAGCAAGCAGGGCCGUAUCUGAGAUGCCUGUCUUUAGCUUGGAUGCUCAGAGAGAAGAGACUGGGGUUCAUGGUGCAAUAGUGUUUUGUUCUUCCUCUAAGGACAUUUGUGCUGAGCUGCCUCCCACCUCCACGGCUACACCCAAGGUGGCUUUGGCCAAGGAGCAGGGCCAUACUAAGGGCUUUGACAGGAGGUCUAGUUGGGGAUCAUUUGAUCUAAAAGCUGCUGUAAAUUAUCACACUAAAGAAAUGGAAUAUAUUUUGAAUUUGCAAAAACAAGAUCCAAAUCGAGUAGUCCUCUACAGUGAGUCAUGGGACGGACCUGCUCAGUGAAGCUGUGUCUGGACACUAUAUCUCAGAUGAACACUGCUGCAAAAAGAUGUGCUUGAGGAACCAUGGUUGCUGCCUCUGAACAUCCUGAAUCAGAACUAAUCCAAUCUCAAGAUGGUUUAGAAAGGACCUUGUUACCCCGUUAACAGUCAAGGCUGAGCACAGAGGAACCCAGUUCGAUGGGUUCUCGCAGUUAGCUGGUUUUAGAAUAUUAGAACGGGAGCUGUGGAACUAAACUCUAUUGCGGUCUAGCGGAUAUGUUGCUGAAGACAAUUUAAAUGACUUUGGGGACAUACAACUCACACGUCAAACACUUUGGUUGGGCUGAAGCUUCUCAUUUGAGUACUCACGGACCUAAAGAGAGCGUCCUGGAGAAAAGCAUGUCACCAUGUGUCCCCUCUUGAAUUCAUAUUAAUCAUGUAGGCUCAAAGUGGUCACAUCGAAUUCAUUUGGGCACAAAACCGAAGAGUGUCGCUCUCCAGUGAAUUAACAUACUGUAGCCAGAGGAACUACUUUGUUUUUGUUUGUUUGUUUGUUUGUUUUUUAGAUUCAGGGGAAUCAAGCUCCAUAUGUUAAUGUGUGGGCGGGGGGAAGUUAGUUCAAGCCUUUGGGAUUAAUUAAUUGUCUUAAUUUAAUUGCUGGACAAGAUUGGGUCAGUCCUGUUCGUGACGCAUCUCCAUUUCUUUUGUUUGUUUUUUUCCUUCCUUCUUCUACUUUUCAUUGAAAUACUUAAAAACUCCAAGGGCAGGUUGUGAGGUACACUCGGAUUGGGAAACCGUACGCCCUGUAGUGUGCAUGUGCAGUAUGCUGCUCUGUGUGUCCUCUUUUGGAAGAGUUCAAAGUGCUAUCGUUUAAUAGUCUUAUUGUCGUCUCUUCACGCUUCUGUCACCUGACAGCCGUUCGAGUCUCUUGCUCGUUGUGUGAGAGUGUGUAAACGGAGGGCAGAGAUCGUGCUAUACUCUUUUCUCUCGAGUGUUUUAUGUUUUUAUUUUUUUAAGUAGCAGUUAGAACCCACAACUAAUCGAUAAGAUGUGCCACACCACACAGUUGCUUUAACUUUAACGCUAAUAAGGUACAUUAUGGAUAUUUUCGUUUUGGUUUAGUUCUGUAGAGCUGCUCUUUGAAAUGGAGAGCAAACGAUCUGGACUUUGUAUGUUUGCUUGAGAGACUAGAAGCCCCUAGCUUUUUUUUUAUCGAGCACCUCAAUCACACUUUUAUGCUUUUAAUUUUUGUUGUUUUAAUUAUUGGUUAAGUUUGCCACAGUCCAUAUGAGCCUCAUCAAUAGAACCGUUGUUGACAGGAAUUCUGCUGUUGUGUAAAUGUUUCUAAUGUCAGAAAAUGCAUUCUAAAGUUAAAGAGUCUAUCCUCUGCUUUAUCAUUUCAUGAUUAAUUGAUUUAUACGUAAGAAUCAGUAGCACUUUAUGUAUUAUGUUCUUGAAUUGUAUUUCCUUAAACAUUGACAUAUCAGUACAUAUUUGAAAAUUCUAGUUAUUAAUCAUAGGCUACUAACUUUAACCUCUACCUAAGGACUGUCGGUCCACAAUCUCAAAAGAAAUGUAUAUGAAACAAAAUAAAAUAAAAUAAAAAAAUUAAAUGAAUAAAAAAAGUGAAAAAGUAAAGAAAAUAAAAAGACACUCAGGUAGAAUUAGGGCAGUGUUCUUCUAUCUAACAAAAACAAAAAAAAAAAAAAAAAAAAAACACACCAACAGUGUUAUUGCCAAAAACGAAAAGAACGUCCCAUGUUUGUACCAGCUGUUUUUUUAAAGUGUAACUUUUAGGGGUUUAAUUUUUGACUGAAAGACAAUGUUUGCAUAUUUACAGGUAUCAUUUGGCAUCCAUGUUUUCUGUACAUGACCAUGAAACACUGCCAGGUGAAAAGAUUUAAGUACACAUGGAAGACGUCAACCACACUACAUAUCUGUAUGACUUUCCUUUGCAAGAGUUUUCAGGUUUUAAAUGCAGCAUGUAAGGGUUUCCAAUGUGGUCCGUCUUCACGAAACGUGGGAUGUUUUGCAAUAGUUCUUAAUCUGUUUCUGUUCUUGAGGUGUCUGAAAGCCUGUUCAGUGUCUUAGCUCAAAAGAUAUUGGGAGAAAGAACUCGAAACAGAUGUAAGGUUAUUAAAUUCUGCUUCAUCUUCUCUAAUUCUUUUUGGAUUCCACUUAAAAGCUUUGUGCAAUGUAGAGAAAUCAUGCGAUUGAUAAUUAGCUUUUAGAUGCACAUCUCUUCAUUGAUUCACUUGAGUUUUAUUGUAGUUCGCUAAAUUUUGUCUUUGAACGGCUCAUGUAGAGCACUUUUCUUUUUCUUUCUUUUUUUUGUAUCUUUUUUUUGCUUAAGGAGUUACUGAUGUGAGCAUAAUUUAUAACCAUCUGUUAUUAGAUUAAGUUAAUUAUGAAAUACCUCUGUGAACACAUUGUCCCAAUAUCCCUGUUUUCCCAUUAAAAAGGGAUUGUUCACAUAUAAAUGAAGAUUCUGUCGUCAUUUGCUCAACCUUAUGUUGUUCCAAACCUGCAAGACUAAGGUCUCAUUGAGUGAAAGUGCUGUUUUGGACCCCACUGACUUUCAUUAUAUAGACAAAACCAGUUUAAAUAAGUUUGGAACACCCUGAGGGUGAGUAAAUAAUGGCAUGGUUCUCAUUUGUGGGUGAACUGUUCCCUUAACUCAGUUACAUCUUUGUAAAUGCUCUCAGCAGAAUGAACGUAACCUGGUCUUUGUUUUCAGAACUCAACUUUAGGGGUCAAAUGCACAUAUAGAGGUUCUAUGCACAGAAUGCAAACAGAACGAAGUUUAUAUUUUGGGGGGUUGCACAUUAGCUUAAUUUCCUCAAUUUAAAAUAAGCACUUACUACUCCACAAAUGAUAUAAUUGCAAUAUAAAUUAUUUACAUAAAUCUUAAAUGGUGCCCCUUGGUGUUUAAAGCAAUGACAGAACGUACGGAUGGGAGAGAGGUACAGCGAUCUAUAAAUGGUGUGUUUGAUUGCGAAAUCUGUACCGAGAAAAUGUAUUGUUGGCAUAUUCAAAUUUCAUGUGUUUUCUUGAUGUAUGAAUGAUUCUUGUCCUGUCCUGACAACUCAACUCAUGCGUGUGGAUGCAUAUGUGUGUUCGUGUGCAAGCAUGUGUAUUUGUCUUCAUUCAUGCGCUCAAUUAUAUGCAAAGUUAAUAUUGCGAACUUUUCAAGUUCAGGGUGCCUGUGUUAAGCGAUAUAUUAAACGGAAUCACAUCAGAACAUGAAAAACUCUUCUUUUUUUUCCCCCCUACAAUCUUAAGUUGUGCCAUGUUUUGACUGUUAAAAGUUUGAAUUAAUAUGUCAUUUUAUGUUGCUCUCUCUGAAUUUCCUAGUGGUCAUGAAGAGGGGUUUACAUUUUGUCUCAAGAAUCUUUGUCACUGCUAAUAAACUUGUUGAAAAA